AGAGCACACGCCAGCCAAACGACAGCCCAAUCACCAGUUUCAUAGGCGGACGAGCCAUAGCUCACUCUCUCUCUCUGUUGGUCACUAUCUUGCUUUGUAUCUGCCACUUCGCCUUCAAAAGCACGUGCGUGUUUUGUCGUUGAGGGAGAGCCGGGGACUGCGGUUUUUAGAGCACAGCGGGGUGGGGAAAGAGGGCGGAGAGGAGACCACGCGGUUUUCGGGGUGUGCACUGACCGACAGCCGAGCAAACCAUGGCUACGGCCAUGACAGCCCCAGCGGCGGGAGCUAUGGUGGAGGGGAGAAGCAGCAGCAGCAGAGACGAUGCCACGGCCCGUCUCCAUAAAGACAACGCAAUCGAACACUGGGCCAAAAUCAAGUCGCUGAUGGACAAGAAGCAGGUGGUGCUGUUCUUGGACUACGACGGGACUCUGUCCCCCAUCGUGGACCAGCCGGACAAGGCGUUCAUGAAAGAGGGGAUGCGGCCCGUUCUCGCUCAGGCGGCCUCGGUGUUCACGACGGCGAUAGUGACCGGGCGCAGCAAGGACAAGGUCUAUAACUUCGUGGGGCUGGACGACGUGUUUUACGCGGGCAGCCACGGACUCGAGAUCCAAGGCCCGCUGGACAGGCCGGUCAAGUGCCAGAUGGCGGAGGACAUGAGGCCAAUGCUCGAAGCAACCACCGACGCCCUUCACUCUUUUCUCGCCCACAUCCCGGGGUACGAGAUAGAGGACAACAAGUUUUCCCUGAGCGUCCACUACCGCCAGGUGCGGUCCCCACCGCACGUGGAAGAGCUCCACAAGAUAGUCCACGAGUACGUGGCCACUGCCCCGGAGAUCGUGGUGAAGGCGGGCAAGAAGGUGUUGGAACUCCGCCCGAAGGUGGACUGGAAUAAGGGCAGCGCCGUGAACUGGAUCUUGGACGCGUUGGACUUGGGAAGCCGGUCAGACGUGUUCCCCAUCUACCUCGGCGAUGACAUCACGGACGAGGACGCCUUCGUGGCCAUGGAGACCCGGGCUUGCGGAGGCAUGGGCAUCCUGGUGAAGGAGAAAUUCGACCCCGAGCGCCCCCCAGAGACGAACGCUUCCUUCUCCCUUCGAAACCCCGACGAGGUCCAGACGUUCUUGGCCACGCUAGUGUCGCACGCCGCCACCGUGACGCCAGCCAAAGCUCCUACCGCCACCGCCGCCGGCGACACGUCAUGACAGUAGGCCGUCCGGUACUGCUGCUGCUGCU